GAAAAAGAUGCAGAUUUCAAUGGAUUUUACCGGCACUACAUUUCUACGAUGUUGUUCUUCUUCUCAACGUUUUCGAAUUUGUAUGCAAAAUUGGUGUUGCGUGCUGCAGGUCCCUGAUCGGCUCAGUUUCACCCCAUCUCCUUCGAGCCCAACGUCUUGUUCGUGGCGCCGCCCAGUCACUCUGGCGGAUACCCAUGGAGAAACAUCUCAACCAGCUAUUACAAGUUGGGAGAAUCUUGGGUUUGAUCCAGUGCCAACAGACUAUAUGUACAUAAUGAAAUGUUCUGAAGGUGAUAGCUUUAAGGAUGGUGGUUUGCAAAGGUUUGGGAAUAUUGAGUUGAUUCCUUCAGCCUGUGUCUUGAACUAUGGGCAGGGAAUUAUUGAAGGUCUGAAAGCAUACAAGAAACAAGAUGGAUCUAUCUUACUAUUUCGUCCUGAGGAAAAUGGAUUGCGGAUUAAAGUAGGAGCAGAUCGAAUGUGCAUGCCUGCACCAACUGUUGAACAGUUUGUGGAUGCUGUAAAACUUACUGUAUUGGCAAAUAAGCGUAGGGUUCCUCCUCCAGAUAGAGGCUUUCUACAUGUCCGACCCUUACUUUUGGGGACUGGACCUGUUCUUAGUCUUACACCAGCUCCUGAAUUCACCUUUUUGGUUUAUGUUACUCCAGUUGGGAAUUAUUUUAAGGGUGGUUUGAAACCAAUUAAUCUGGUGGUGGAAAGUAAGAUUAAGCGAGCAACCCCUGGUCCUGGUGGAGUUGGAUGCGUAAAGGCCAUUGGGAAUUAUGCAGGGUUUUUAUAUGAUUUUUAUAACUCUCCUCUACCUGACUGAAAAUGCUUUCAAAUCCUAUUUCCUACUGAAAAAAUUCUUCUGAACCCUGGUAUAAGCUAUUUGUAUUCUGUACAUUGGAGAACAAUGUUAAAACUUUUAUUUCCUGUUAACUUAGCACGUAUUGCCUAUUGAACUGACCCAUACUGAGUCUUUUUGGUGCAACUCUCUCUUAUCCCAUGUGCGACAGGAUAGUGGUACUAGAAGCAUAAAAAAAUUCUUCAUUUAGGAGGAAAUUUGUAAAAUUCAAAGUUCUGAUGUAAAAGAUGUUUAAAAUGUUCACCCUCCAAAAGGAACAAUAAGUAGAAUGAAACAAUAAGCUACUUGAAAUAGUAUAGCUGAAAUCCCCAUAUCUUUUUUCAAGUUUUUUAUUUUAUUUCUUCUAUGUGGAAGUGGAUUUAGAUAUAACUGGUGCUACAUUCUUUUAGCAUGGCAUGUAGCGUUGAAUCUAUUUUAUCUCUCUUCAUAGAUUCUAAAGGCACAGGUUGCAGCUAAAGAGAAUGGUUUCUCGGAUGUUCUUUAUCUAGACUCUGUUCAUAAUAGAUACUUGGAAGAGCUUUCUACUGCUAACGUAUUCAUUGUAAAGGGUAAAACAAUAUCCACUCCUGUGCUAGGAGGGACAAUACUAGCUGGCAUUUCCAGAAAAAGUAUUAUUGAUAUUGCUCACAGCCAAGGGUUCCAGGUAUGCAUUUUUGAAUUUGCAAUGGCUCCAUUUUUGUUUUUCUACAAGAUUCAGAUACCUUUGCUUGCUAUGAUAAGAAAGCAACUUUUCUGUUUCUGGUGGUAGUUAUUGACUAGUGAAUUGUGAUAUGUCCAUUAAGGAAAGUGCUUUAUGUUAAAAGCAGUGUAUUUUCCCUGUACCUACCCAGCACCGUUUAUAGUGUUUAUGUGUGUGGCUUCUUUUCUAUGUAAAUUUAAUAUGUUGCUAGUGUAUGCUAUUCAUUCAGGUCCUUAAAACCCUUUGCAUUUCCUAACAGGUUGAGGAGCGGCUUGUGUCAGUUGAGGAAUUGUUUGAUGCUGAUGAAGUUUUUUGCACGGGAAAUGCUGUUUCUGUAUUGCCUAUUGGCAGCAUUACUUUCUUGGAUAAAAGGGGUAGCUUAUGGAGAAAAUGGGUCUGUGUCUCGGCAACUUUACUCAGCACUUACAGAUAUACAAAGGGGUCUUGCAGAGGACAAAAUGGGUUGGACUGUAACCUUGAAGUAGAAGAUGCAAGAUAUAUAAUUAGCUUAUUUUUGUGAGUUCUAAAAAUUAUUGUUCAUUUACCAAUGACUCAUGUAAUUAAGUGGUAAUGCAUUUUUUGUGAGAUCUUAAAUUUUAGUUGCAUCAUAUGCAAGUGGAGUAAAUUAAGAGAUAAAAG